GACAGGAAGUGACGAAUGUAGCCACGAGCGUGACGAACGGCUUGUUCGAAAAUACAACAAGGAAGUGACCGUUUAUUGUAAAGGGAAAAUAAUCACGGCAUAACUUCUCUUCAAGUCGGGGGUCGCCUCGCUCGGUCAUUGGGUGUCGGGGGGGUUAAAAGUCACCGUGGACUUGCACGAGAGCCCUUUUCUGAUCGUCUCGAGGGAUUCUGCUUUUAGCCAGCUAGCUAGCUAGCGAUGAACACGGACGUGGAAUUUCACAUCAGGCAGAAUUAUCCGUGGACCAAGCUUCCAGCUAAUGUCAAACAGAGUGUGGGGAACUCUCAGCGCGAGUAUGAGAAGCAUGUGCUGCUGUACAGCAUCCGCAACCAGCUGCGAUUCCGCAAUAACCUAGUGCGCCAUGUGAGGAAGGAUGAGCGCAAGUAUUAUGAGGAGCUCCUGAAGUACAGCCGGGACCACCUGAUGCUGUACCCCUACCACCUGUCUGACAUCAUGGUCAAAGGGCUGCGAGUCACUCCCUUCUCCUAUUACAUCGGAAUCAUGGAGGAUAUUAUGAACAGUGAGAAGAGUUACGACUCCUUGCCCAACUUCACUGCUGCUGACUGUCUGCGGCUGCUUGGCAUCGGGAGAAACCAGUACAUUGACCUCAUGAACCAGUGCAGGUCGUCCAAAAAAUUCUUCCGCAGGAAAUCAGCGCGGGACCUUCUACCGGCCAAACCGGUGGAGAUCUCUGUGGAGCCGUGGUGGACGGCACAGACGGGCUACAUCACCGAAGACGAUAUCAGGAUCUGUUCUCCAGGAGAGAAGAAAGCCAUUGAUAAGAUGAUCGAUGCUGGUCCUCAGCUGACUGGAUCAACGGAGUACAACGUGGUCUUAAGCUUGUACAACCGGGGAUUCAUCUACUUGGAUGUUCCCAUAUCUGAUGACAGCUGCAUCUCAGUGCCCCCGCUGGAAGGCUUUGUCAUGAACCGCGUCCAGGGCGAUUACUUUGAAACGCUGCUCUACAAAAUCUUUGUGUCCAUCGAUGAGCAGACAAACGUAGCGGAGCUGGCGAACGUGCUGGAGAUUGACUUGGACUUAGUGAAGGUGAGAAUGUGCGAGUCCCAUCGUAAUGUAUGGACUAAAGUGCUGUUUUUUACGACAGGAAGGAAAAAUGUUAGCUCUGAGAAAUAUGGGCCCCGCUUUCAAAACAGAGAGGUAAUUUCCUCUGGUUCCACAGUGCUUUUGAAGUGCUUUUGAGAAAUGCUUUUAGCCUCUCUGUAUGCUGUAAGCAACACAGUAGAAAGAAACGAAGUGAAAAUCCUUGUUCGUGUUUUGCUCAUUGAUGUUUUGGAGUCAAAUUUUGAGAUUUAAGUUUGGCAUCAAAUCUGAGAGAUUAAAACCAUUUUUUCCUUGUUCUUUUGAAUUUGUUUUCCUACGCAAUUUGUUUUAUAAAUAUAUGUUAUAUAUUAUUUAUAAGAUAUUUCUGCUCAGUUUGGCUGUUUGGUGUACGCACAGCACACCUGAGAGGUUGUGACACACACACACACACACACACACACACACACA